AAUAGAGGGGGGCGGUGGGGGGCGGGGGGGGGGAAAGAAAGCAAGAAACAAUCAAAAAUGAACGCGCAACCCUCACCUGUCUUCGAGGAGAAGAAACCGUCGCUGGCUGGGAGCUCCAUCUCGGCCACCAAGGAUUCCCCGACCCUGCCGGAGUCCUCGUCCACGGACAUGGGCUUCUACAGCGGCAUGGGCGCGCUCCACGGCGGCGGCUCCUCGCAGGAUUUCUACCCGGCACAGCAGCAGCAGCAGCAGCAGCAGCAGUACUCGGCGCAACACCUGAGCCCGUACGCGUACCACCACUACAGCCUGAACGGGAUGGGUCCCGGCGGCGCGUACCCCGUGGGCAAGGCAGAGUACCCGUACCCGCACGCCGCGUACAGGGAGCACGGCGCGUUCAGCAGGGAGUUGCAGGACGUUGUGAAAGAAGAGCCGGACAUGGAGGUCCGCAUGGUCAACGGGAAGCCCAAGAAGGUGCGCAAGCCCCGGACCAUCUACUCCAGCUACCAGCUGGCCGUCCUGCAGAGGAGAUUCCAGACGGCCCAGUACCUGGCCCUGCCCGAGCGGGCGGAGCUGGCCGCACAGCUGGGCCUCACGCAGACGCAGGUUAAAAUUUGGUUCCAGAACCGCCGCUCCAAGUUUAAGAAGCUCUACAAGAACGGGGAGUUUCCACUCGGGGAAAUUGCCCUUGAACACAGUCCAGACGCCAGUGAUUCCAUGGCCUGCAACUCUCCUCCGUCCCCAGCUGUGUGGGAAAACGGCAGCAACAGUAACAACAACAACAACAGCGGCAACAACAGCAGCAGCAACAACAGCAGCAGCGGCGGCGGCGGCGGCGGCGGCGGCAGCAGCGCAAACGGCGGCAGCGUCAAGAAUAAUGCAAACUUGGAGCCCACCAGCAGGGGGCAGGGCCCCUACCAGCCUCCGGUGGACUCCUCGCCCACCUACAUGGGGGAGUUUACGCACCAGAACUGGUACCAGCAGCAGGGGUCACAUUUGGGCCUGCCGUUGUCGGGCCCGGCGCACCACACACCGUCGACGGCGCCGUCAGCCACACAGAGCAUGGGAGCCGUGUACUGAAUCACGGACGCUGCUGGACAGUUUGAACGCAGCCCCCCGGGGUGGGGUGGUGGGGUGGUGGGGGGGCUGUUGUGACCAGACACUCCCGACAGUGGCCAUCAGACACGAGUCAUGACUGUAAAAGCUGACACACACACACACACACACACACACACACACACACACACACACACACACACACACACACACGGGCGCGCGUGGUUUAACAGUUACCCUCCCGUCCUCAUCUCCAAGGCUCAUGACGUAGAGGUUAUAACAGAGCUCAGGGCGGCUGAUGUUGGGAUUCGGAUUAGUGCUUAGCCUGAUGCUGACCUUUUUUAUUUUUAAAAUCACUGAUGGUGGUUUUUUCUUUUUAUAUUUAAUAUUUUAACUAUGACCAUAUUUAUGUGGAAGCACCUGCGACGAGUCAGUAUUUCUCCGAAACCCUCUCUCAUGCAAGCGGCCUCUGACAUUUCCACAGUAAAACUCACGAGUACUACUGAAGUCCUCCCAGUAAAUUGACGGCCCACCACCACACCGGCGCAGGAAACGUUGAGAUGUGUGAGGAUUUAGUUUGAUGUGGCCGCGGUCCGUCACUGAGUGGAAGGUGGGCAACGCCGAAAGGCUGAUGACCUUUUCAAAUAAAACACCGAGCCCCCGACAGAGGAAACAAACCCUGGAGAGACACGCAAUUGAAUCAUGAGAGAGUGUUUUCUCAAUAGUACAUAUUACAAAAAACCCCCCCUAAAAUUCAAAAUGCAAACCUUUAAUCACUGAAAUGUCAUCUUCCACUCGGAACAACAUCGUGGACUGAACACAACCAAACAAUGCUUCUGCCUGUAUACUUAUAUGUAUAAGUUAUAUUACCCCCUCAAAUCAUGGUUGUGGCAGAUACAAGUGCAUAAUCUCACAGUGGAGGUGAGGCUGGGGUUAAAAAUGUAUGAACAACAAUGUCACAAAGAACUGGCAUUUUAAACCGUGGAUAAGACUUGUUUUUAAUCCUAAUUUGAUUUAAUCUGCAUUAGGAUUGAAUAUGACUGCACAUCAGGGUGUUUGCAGGUGUUCAGAAGUUCUACUGCAUAUUUGUAAAAGUUGUAUUAAGCCUUAUGUGUCUCCAGAGGGAGCUGCGGGAAUUUUUUAAAUAAUAUUUUAAUAAAGUGAUGUCAUUUGAGUCAGUGUUGGCUCGGACUGAAGACUUUUGCAAAUGGAAGAAGAAAAAAAAAGGAGCUACGGUUGAGUUCUUGUUCUUGGGCCACGACCAGCUAAGAGAUCGCAGCGCGAUCGGUUGUACGCUCUUCUUCGUCGUCUUUAAUGGCGGUUGGCAACCAGCGCAAUAGGCGCAUUGGCGGCACCUUCGGCCGCGGAGUUUUCCCUUUCCUUGGCGGGAAAAAAAGCGAAAGAGCAGCGGUAGAUGCAGCGACUUCUUUAUUGUCGCCGUGAUACGUUCGAAAGAAGUUGUCGUUCGAUGUGAGUGUGCAACGACAUCUAACCCGUACCUUAAUCCUGACCCUAACCUUACCCUAACCGUAACCCUCAGCCCGAACCCUACUCGAAUUGAACGCUGCAUUUAAAUGCUUCAAAAGUGUAAAAUCAAAGACACUAUGUGAGAUGUCACGCCGUCGCCCGCCGUCUUUUUGACAUUUCCAGGAGACGUGACAGCACGCGUGCGCGAGCGCUGGACCAAUGAACGGUGUUCAUUCUUAUCUGGCUGUUGGUACUCAAGAAAACUCAAGAAGGCUACACCCACUUCCCGCUUGAGCUGUCACAAGUAUUCAUCAACGGCAACGCCGACGGGCGGUAAUGGAAAUUAGACACCUCGGUUGACGCGCUUCUUUUCGACCCCUUUCGGGGGGGGGGGGGGGGGGGGGGAUGCUAUGACGUGUCACGGACGCGACGAAGGCUCGUCACCUCUCUCGGUAACCUCUGCCAUCUCAGCCGCGGCCUCCGUCUGUCUCGGUUCGAGCUUGAACAAUGUUCAGUCAGCGUUGAGAUGAAGGAGACUGAAGUAAAAUAUAUAAGCGGAGGCAGUUUGGUCUUUAAAGGGGCUGUUAGAUAUUUUGAUCAAAUACACUUUUUGUAAAAACUAUGUCCGCUCGCUGUCGGUUCAACGCAGUGAUGGAAACAAACUUGUCUGAUUGAUAGAAGAUAGUUUUAUUAAAAACUUUUGGGUAUACACAACAAGAGGGAGGCACAUGUACAAAAGGUAACGUGACUCUUAUUCUGCGAUCGAGGACUGUCUGUUCCCUCUGGUUUAAGAUUACAAUCCUCAAAUAUAUUACACCAGUCAGUUAAAAAGGACAUUUUAAUGAUUUGGUGAUAAGAUUACUCAUUCACAGUGUGGCCACCAGAACUACUCCGCCUGUGCAACUCAUUCUCUCGAGUGAUUAUAGAAACCAAUCAGACAGUCAUAUUCAAAAAUACAUCUAUAAUAUCUUAUUUGGACAGAUUUUCUUUUUUUGUUUCCGUAUUAUUUGUUUACUGUUAAAGGGCCCUGCAGGGAUGUGGUGUCAAAACUUUGUCCUACAACUCGCAUGAUGCGACUUGUUAGUGUCUUUCAUUUGAAACCAUCCUUUCCCGAUGAAUGCCCACAUCUUUUAAACUCCAUGCCCCAACUUUUUAAAAUAUGUUUUCAAUUAAAAAAUGUGUAACCUCUGACCUUCUUCUCAGAGCUAAUAUACUUAUCCACUCCUGUAUUAUGUACUGGAGACAUUGUACAGCUGUUUCCACGAGCUGAGCAAUAUUCUCUAUGACAAGUAAUCUGAGCUUCAUGUUUUAAAUUGUUGGAGUGGCCUUUUUAUUCCUGCUCGCAGACAAUACAAGGCCCACGACAUCCAUAAAACACAACAAGCGCAAAAGGGAAAGAGAGUUGGUGCCUUAACAUUUGAAAAUAAUUUGUAUGUAUUGUAUUAUUAAUGUGUACUGUACUCAGGUCUUUUAUUUAUAGAGUCAAAUGUAGAUCAAGCGGUUCCAUUUGUGCCUUAAAAGCAUUUGUGUUUCAGACAUUAAGUAAGAAAAUAAAAUAUCUAUAUUUGAAUGCGCCAGUAACGUGCUAUUUUCUGCAUGUAUGUACAUGUGAACGCAGCGAACACACGCACGCCGAGGAGGCGAUAGUGUGCUGACGGUGCUCUCCUGGGGAGCCUGUCAGGGUGAGUCACACAGCAGAUACAGGUUGCACCCAUCCAUAUAUUACACACACACACACACACACACACACACACACACACACACACACACACACACACACA